AUGUGGGGGUUUGUUGGAAUGGUGCGGAUGGUGAUGGUGGCGGUGGUGGUGCUAGCAGUGGUAAUCGUGGAGAUGCCCGCCCUAACCGACGGUGCUAGGGUGUUGGCCAUCUUUCCUUCGCCAGCACGCAGCCACCAGAUAGUGUACCGAGCGUUCAUGAAGGGUUUGAUCGAACGGGGUCACGAGCUGACGAUUAUGACGCCAGAUCCGUUCGCAACGGACCAUCCGAACGUGACCGUGAUUGACUGGAGCUACGCGUACCGGAUCGUGGAGCAAAAUCUCGACGUGGUUGACAUGAAGCAGCGAAAUAUGAACUUUUACCAGAUCGCUGUACAGCUGCGCAGGACGACACGGUUGUUCCUCGAGGCGGAACUGGCCCAUCCAGACGUACAGGCACUGAUACACGCCCGGGACGCACACUUCGAUGUGGUGAUCGUGGAGUACUAUCAGUUCACACCGAUGUACGCGUUCGCCGAACUGUUCCAGGCACCGAUGAUCGGUAUCAGUUCGAUCGAUUCGAUGGGCAUGUGCCAUGAAGCGAUCGGCAACGUGAUGAAUGUGGUUGCACAUCCCGAGAUGAAUCACAAGUUUACGCACGAUUUAAACUUUUUCCAACGGGUAGAAGCGGUCAUCUCGAACCUGCUGAUUGAGUACCACGUUCUGCCGACCGAUUUCGCUAUAUUUGAUCGCAUGAUCGAACAAAACUUUGGCAGCAAUAUGACACGUUCGUGGGACUUGAUGCGUCGGGUCGAUUUUUUGAUGGUGAACGCGGAACCAUCGCUUGGGUACGUGCGUCCGCUAGUGCCCAACUCGAUACAGCUCGGGUUCAUGCACAUUGAACCUCCGAAAGCGCUGCCGACUGAUCUUCAAGCGUAUCUAGAUCGUUCGGUGCACGGUGUGGUGUACUUCAGUCUCGGAACGCUCAUUCGUAGUGAUUCGCUCAAUCAGCACAAUCUGAACCUCUUUCUGGAGGUGUUUAAGUCGCUCAAGUAUGACGUUCUGUGGAAGCAUGAUGCUGAUCUGGAUCUCAAUGGUACCACCAACAUUCGGAUGGAGCGCUGGGUGCCGCAACAGGAUAUUCUCGCACAUCCGAAGGUGAGAGUGUUUGUCAUGCAGGGCGGCCAACAGUCGAUGGAGGAGGCAAUAGACCGGCACGUUCCGCUCGUGGUGAUACCGUUCAACUUCGAUCAGUUUGGCAAUGCGGACAAGGUGACCGAGCGGGGUAUUGGACGCUCGGUGUGGAUGGAGCGGUUGACGGUGGAGUCACUGCGCGAGUGUAUCUUGGAUGUUGCCAGCAACAAGCGGUAUAAACGUAACGUUGCCCGACUGGGAAGACUGGUGCGCGAUCAACCGAUGCGCCCGGUUGAGAAAGCGGUCUGGUGGACGGAGUACGUCAUCCGACACAAUGGCGUGGAGCACUAUCGCUACCCGGCAGCCCACAUGUCCUUCCUGGUGUACCAUUACUACGAUGUGUUCUGUGCAGGCAUCGUACUAGCGUUGGCUGUCCUGACCGGUCUCUACUACCUGGUGAGGCGAAUAUUCCGCUGGUUAAGUAACAGGGUCAAGUACGAUCAAGGUCACCGAUCGAAUGCGAAACUAUUGAAGGAAAAAGCCCUGUAA